UCUAUAUACUCAAUGAUGUGAGAAUGGAGAAUGGUGAAUUACUAUGAACUAUAUUUUUUUGUUUAGGCUGUUAGAUUGAAUGUUGGAGAUCGAGCUAUGGUUGAAAGGGAAAUACGUCGUGCAGCUUCUGGUGUGGGUUUUUAUGUCGAUGAGAACACGGGGAACCAAUAUGUUAGGGUGAGUUGACAAAUUGUUAGGGUGGGAAUUGUUGAAUACUCUUUUUGCCUAUGUUUGGGCUAAUGUAUGUUCUUAAAUUUACAGCUGAAUGGGGACCAUGGCCGCCCUCAUGGAGAUCCACCACCAGUUCCUUUAACCCAAGCUUCUGUGGUGGACUUACAUGGAAGCCAAUCAUCACCAACUCAGCCUUAGAAUGUCAUGAAAGUUUCCUUUUGAGUCAUUUGUUUGUACUGGCCAGCAACUGAUGUUGUUAGGUGCUAUUUUUCUCGACUCGUGUAAUGGCUAUAAGAAGCCUUAAGGAAUCCUAACUUUUUGUUAGGUGUAGUGCAGUUGAGAGUCUUGCAUACUCUUUCUGUUAUGCAAACUGUUUAUGUUAGGUUAUGCUAUGUGUUCAAAAACAAUGUAACCUAGUGAUGUGAACAAGUGAUGGGAACAAGUAAUGCAACUAUUAUGUUAGGUUAUGUAAUGCAGGUUAUGCACUCUUUUUGUACACAAAUACAGGUUAUGCAACACUUCUUUUGAUCAUUCAACAUCAAAAUGUUAUACCAAAUUCAGGUAGACUUUUUUUGAUCAUUCAACACCAAAAUGCAACACUUACAUACCAAUGGAAGUUCGACAUCGAGUUACAUACCCAACUUACAUCAACGAGAACUUACAUGCCAAAAUCCUUCCUCCACAGAAUCACAUACAAAAACACAUUCAUGAACAACAAAACAGUUAACAUAUAUCCCAUGACCCGGAUCUCAUCAACUAAUCUAACUUGGCGAACUUGCAUCCAAUUCCUUAGUUCUUCUGCCAUCAGCUAGCUUUUUCCCCUUCUUCCUCCUCUCAGCAUUGGAUUCGGCCAACCUUAGUAUCUCUUCCAAGUUCAUAAUUAUACUCUACAUUUCAUGGUUCCUUGACUCUAAUCCAUCAUCAUUGCCGUUCACCCACCUAAAAAAUAUACAUCCUUUCCCAUCCUACAAACCAUCGUCCCUCCUUAGUCAACAAACAACAAACAUGUAAAAUCAUCAAAUUGCAAUGAAAUGGCCUUACCUUCCAAUAAUGACAGUCAUAGAACUGCCUUCCUAGAUUCAACUCAGUCCCAGAUAUAUUAAUCACAGCUAGGACAUUGUGUUCGCAUAGAAUAGAAAACCCACUUUUGACGUUUGUAGAGCCCGAAUCGGCACCAUUCUUGCGAGCACCCAGACUACCCCUUUGUGACAUCGUUAGGGAAGGGAGAUGCGGAUUGUGAGCAAGCGGGAAGGAGGAAUUGUCAACGGAAAUAUGGAAGAGACGAGGGGAACCAGAGGUUGGCGAAAUCGGCGAAUGGGUAGGGAGACAAGCGGCGCGACGACGGUGGAACCACAAUUGUCGACGGUGACAAGGGUUUUUCACCGGAUUGCGGCUGCCACUAUGAGGAAGAUGGAAGCCGAUUUUGGCUGUUUCUGGGAGGAAGAUGAAAUCGAAAAUUACGAUGGGCAUAUUUAAUUGCACCAACCGGUCCUCUCCCUCAGGAUAAUGUGGCGCGGAGGUGGCACUUGCGAUCUAGUACUCUAGUUGGCGCUGACGUGGCAUCCAAAUGUUGGCCACCUCGGCAACGUGAACAGGUAACUAACGACGUCCCUAACGACGUCACAUUUAAUAACGGAAAUGACUAUAAUUGGCAAAGCAUUUUCAAAUUUUUUGUUGUUUCUGUGUAUUUUCAAAUUUUGGCUAUAUUUGUCACAAAGUGCAAAGUUAUGGAUAUGAAAGUAUAUUUUGCCUUUUUUUAAGCAAUCUUGGGAAAUUUGGCAUGUGCAAGCAAAGGGGAAGAAUUAAUUCGAUUUUAUUAUAUUAGAUGGGAUCCGUCCUUGCUACAUCUAAUAAUGCUUCAGACUGUAGUUUUCGUUAGGCAGUGCCAUUCUACUUCUUCUUUGUUUCUAUCUAGUCUAAGUCUUUUGGACUAUCUAAUUUCAAUUUUCCUGCUACCUCCAUCUCUUCUUCAUGGACAAUAAAAAAAGGAAGUUAAGUGUUUAACACGGGAGUUCAACUAUUAUGUGAUUUUUUGUUUCAAGUUUCAACCUCAUUUCGACACUCAAUCCAUGCCUCUACAUAUAUCCGAGCUCAAUUCUCAUAUAUUCGAUCAGAUUAUUAUAGUCAUGGGUACUCGAGAUUCAUGUUUUCAUCAUAUUCAUCAUACAAAACUAAAGGUUUGAAUAAUCGAAUUGUAUGAGUUAGAAUAAACAAAUCAAGUCAUG